GUCUGGAGGUACCGAAGAAGAAGUCAGAAAGCAGAAACACGCGCCGACGUCAUCUGCAGGAAAAAUAACAACAACAAAAUAUUUCGUCACUGUGUAGCUAGCUUUCUAGCCUUGUUGUUGAGAUAUUUUUGCCGUGUCAAGACCGAUUACUCUUUUAACCCAACUCGUUUUCUGUCGCUUCAUGGUAAGCUUUGAAACAAUUCAUGCGGUUCCAGGAAUAUGAUACAGCUGUUACGAUAACUGCAGCAGUACAUUAUAGCUACACUAGCUAGCUAUGCUGGAUACUGUAACUUGAUAGCAACAUUAGCUAUCUAAUCGUCGGUAGCUUGAGUCACUGCCUGGCGUUUGUUUACCAGGCAAGCUAACCUAUUUUCUCUUGAAAACCACUUAGAUUGUGGUGUCCCUUGUAAACCGUUGUCUUUUGUUUUCUUUCUCUUUUCUUUUGUGUCAAUCAUAAUGCCUCGCCCUGUUCAUAAGGCAGAACCAAGCCUGUGUUUUCUUCAGAUCUGUAGCUAACUAGCUGAUAACAUCUGCCUUACGUCACUCCUCCAACAUGGCCCAACCGAGAGGAGUCAACAGUCUGCAGUUCAACCAGGACCAGAGUAAGACACUAAUUCUCUGUGAAGCCAGACAGAAAUCUGUAGGAGAGGACAUAACUUUUAUCAGUCUUGUUUCAAACAGUGUCAAUUUAACAGUUUACCCCCUUCCCACUCUAUCGGUCUCUACCUCAGGUUGUUUCUGUUGUGCCAUGGAGACAGGUGUUAGGAUAUACAAUGUGGAGCCUCUUAUGGAGAAGGGACACCUUGGUGAGUGGAAUUCCGUGUGGCUCAGUUGGUAGAGCAUGGCGCUUGCAACGCCAGGGUUGUGGGUUUGAUUCCCACGGGGGACCAGUAUGAAAAUGUAUGCACUGACUACUUACUGUGAAUCGCUCUGGAUUAGAGCAUCUGCUAAAUUACUAAGAUGUAAAUGUAUUUCAGACCUGUGGUAUCAGCCGUCUGUUUUAGUGUUUGUGUGUAUCAGACCAUGAGCAGGUGGGCAGUGUGGCCCAGUGUUCCAUGCUGCAUCGCUCCAACCUGCUGGCUGUAGUAGGAGGAGGAGUCAACCCCAAGUUCUCUGAGAUCUCUGGUGAGCGGACCACAUAUUUUUAAAAUUACUGAAUAGACUUUAAAGGUAGAGUCAGUUGAAGAGAGGGGCUAAACUUAAAGCUGGGGUGUAUUCAUUACUCUGAUUCUGUUGGAAAACGUUUUGCAACAGAAACCGUUUACAUCAAACGUAAGAACUUUUUGCAACGAAAACAAGAGUUUCUAUUGGACAAAGUCAGGUAGGUCCCUCCCCGUUCCGUUCCGUUUGCUCUGGAGUGUAUGCAUUAAGAAAAACGUUUACUGUUUAAGAACCAAACGGAAGAAAAUGGAGCAAAACUAGUUUCUAUUGGACAAAUUCAGGUAGGUCCCUCCCUGUUUCGUUUGCUUACGUUUAAGAAACGUUUCGCAAUAGAAUCGGCGUAAUGAAUAUGCCCCUGUUUGCUUCUUAAUCAGUUUCCAUUGCAAGACGUGAAUACACCCCAGUUUUGGUCCCUUAGCUAUCACAUUGUAGCAGCGUGAAGCACACUCAUUCACAUGUGCAUGUGUAUGACUGUGUGAUAGCAAAGUCUUGCAUCACUCUCAUCUCAAUGUCUGUGGUGCUGCUCGUGGCAAUGUCAUAUUGCUGAGUCAAUUGUGGCAGUGCCACCUGCUCACAAUCCAAGUGAUUUUCAAGAGAAAAUAGGUGACUUGAACUGAUUGUAUUUCAUAUUUAUAUAAAUGGUUCAUAUUGAUAUAGAAAUGUGAUAAUGAUUCUCAUCAUGUAUUGUUUUAAUUUAAUUCACAAACUGAUGUAUAGUUAUUAAUCCUAGUGUUGGUCUGGGAUGAUGCUCGGGAGGGAAGGGACCCCAAGGACAAGCUGGUGCUGGAGUUUACCUUCACCAAGCCUGUUCUGGCCGUACGCAUGAGACACGACAAGUGAGUGACUAUCUGAACGUUCUGAACAUUCUCCUGAACAAACCCCAACUGCACAUAGAGCUCCCUACAGUGUGUUGUUUAUAGAUGUUUUACUAACCCUUCUCUCCCUCUGAUUUCUCUCUCUCCACCCUCUCCUCUCUCUCCUCUCUCUCUCUCUCUCUCUCUCUCUCUCUCUCUCUCUCUCUCUCUCUCUCUCUCUCUCUCUCUCUCUCUCUCUCCCUCCUCGCUCUCUCUCUCUCUUUCUCUCUCUCUCUCUUAGGAUCAUCAUUGUGUUAAAGAACAGAAUCUAUGUCUACAGUUUCCCUGACAACCCUGUGAAACGGUUUGAGUUUGACACCAGAGACAACCCUAAAGGUACACACACAUACACACACAUCUAUGUUUUACAAAAUUAUAUUUUCCCUAACCCUUAACCCUAACCUAAACCCCUAACCCUAAACCCCUAAUCCUGAGCCUAAAAUAGCCUUUUUCCUUGUGAGGUCCCGGCGAAAUGUCCCCACUUGUCCAAAUUUUCCUUGUUUUACUAUCCUUGUGAGGACUUCUGGUCCCUACAAGGAUAGUAAAACCAAACAAAACACACACGCAUGGAUAUGUUUAUCUGAUAGAUGUGUGUAUCCCCUCUCUCUCGCUCUCUUUCUCUCUGUCAGGACUGUGUGACCUAUGCCCCAGUCUGGAGAAACAGCUGCUGGUCUUCCCUGGACAUAAAUGUGGAAGUCUGCAGCUUGUGGUAAUUCAUCCAUUUCAUGUAAAAGUUAAUUCCAUGGUACUAUACUAACUAACUAUGUUGGUUUAUAAGCUGUUCAUAAGAUCACCUUCACAUGUCAUUGCAUUGACUUACGGAUUCAUAGUGUUUGAAGACUCUCUGCCCUCCCUUAUCAAAUAAAUGAAAUCAUAACUGUAGAGACAAGAAACUCUUUCAAAAACAAUCUGGUCCUGCUCUGUGUGUGUUGAUCAUGUUUCACAUUACCCAAAUCAAAGUCUAUUUGUCACAUAACAGAAUACAACAGGUGUAAACCAUACAGUGAAAUGCUUCCUUACAUGAGGUCCCAGUCAGUGUUUAACUCUCUCCCUCUCUCCUUCUCCCUCCUCUACUUCUCUCUCUCCUUCCCUCUGCAUCCCUCUCUCCGCUCCAGGACCUGUCCAACACUAAACCUGGCACGUCGUCUGCCCCCUUCACCAUCAAUGCCCACCAGAGUGAGAUCGCCUGCCUGGCACUCAACCAGCCUGGCAGCGUGGCAGCCUCGGCCUCCCGCAAGGGCACCCUGAUCAGACUGUUUGAUACCACCACCAGAGACAAACUAGUGGAGCUACGCAGAGGAACGGACCCUGCUACACUCUACUGGUACUGGGAGGGAGAGGAGGGGAGGGAGGGAGGGAGGAACAGACCCUGCUACACUCUACUGGUACUGGGAGGGAGAGGAGGAGAGGGAGGGAGGGAGGGAGGGAGGAACGGACACUGCUACACUCUACUGGUACUGGGAGGGAGGGAGGGAGGGAGGGAGGGAGGGAGGGAGGGGGGAAAUGGAAUUGAGUCUCAUCUCUUCUCUCGCUCUCUCUCUUCCAGUAUCAACUUCAGUCAUGACUCUUCGUUCCUGUGUGCCUCUAGUGACAAGGGCACUGUUCACAUCUUCGCUCUCAAAGACACUAAACUCAACAGACGCUCUGCGUAAGAUGCACGAACGUGUGUGUGAGAGAGUGUGUUUGUGCGUACCUCAAAUCCAAAUUUGACCAUUUAUUGUUAAUGGCUUGUUCAUGCCACUAUCUCCUCUCUUAUCCUCUCCCCAGAUUGGCUCGCGUGGGGAAGGUGGGCCCUGUGAUUGGUCAGUAUGUGGACAGCCAGUGGUCAUUGGCAAGUUUCACUGUCCCGGCGGAGUGUGCCUGUAUCUGUGCAUUUGGGAAGAACACCUCCAAAAACGUCAACUCUGUCAUCGGUCAGUCCACAGCAAUAUCUCAUAUCUAUCAAUCAUUAUAGUUAUCGUCCUAGCUGGGAAAUUCAUUGUAGUGUCGGAAUUAAUAAUACACAAUACAAUAUCGGCUACUUUUAUAAUAGAUUAAGCACUGGCGCAUUGCAGUGUAAAAGUUUUUUCUGCAUUCCACCUUUUUCUAGCUAUCUGUGUUGACGGGACCUUCCAUAAGUACGUGUUCACCCCUGAUGGCAACUGUAACCGGGAAGCCUUCGACGUUUACCUGGACAUCUGUGACGACGACGACUUCUGAGAGGAAGGAGAGGGGGGAAAAAGGAGGUGGGAGGGAUCAAAGAGAGGAGAGCGAGGGAGGGCAGAAGAGCAGGGGGAGGAGAGACCUGAUGAUGGUGAUGAUAGUGUUGAUUGUAUGAUGAUGAUGAUGGUGGAAAUGGUGAUGAUGGUAAUGAUGAUGAUGAUGAUGGGUGUGAGGAGGGAGGGAGGAAAGAGAGGAGGGCAAGAGAGAGAGAGAGGGAGGGAGUGCAGAGGAUCAGGGGAGGAGAGACCUGAUGAUAAUGCAGGGGAUGAUGAUGGUGGUGGUGGUGAUGGUAGAUUGGAUCUAGACUCGAACGAAGAGGUGAAGCUAAAGAAUCAGAGCCGGUUUUACAGAAACAUACAAGUGGUCUAAAGGUCUGUUUUACAUGAUUGUCUUGUGUUUUUAUUGUAAUAAAGUUUAUCUAAAUAUGUAUGAAGAUUAAAAACAUUUUUACUCUGA